ACCUUACCAAAUCUGUUAAAGAUACAGAAACUAAAACCUCUCAAAUAGAAAAAACUCUAAAAAAUAGCUCUUUAGCAAUAGAAGAUCUAAAUUUAGAAAACUCUGUCUUAGAAAAAGAAAAUAUAGAUAUUCUAUUAGCUGUAAUUUUUGAUAAUAGCAACAAAGAGAAUAUCACAACUAACAACAUGCAAGCAAAAUUUACUAUAGAAAUUGAAGAUCCUAACUUAUCAAAAACUCUAAUA